AUGGCGAGGGAGGAGAAUGCUCCGGCUCUCUUUAUGAGUUACAAAACCUUGGAAAUCCUAUUUAUCGUUUCAGCCACUAUUAACUUCUGUGUGACAUGGAGCGUUAUUUUACCAAAAUUGUGUCGAGCGAUUCUGAGAGGUGCAUGUCAAAGACGGCGGAAAGACGAACUGGUCCAGGAGUGCGAGAGCGAAAUUCCAUUCUUUUGUCGGCGAUUGUAAGUAUAUUUUGACUUUAACACAGUUGUUUUGGUAAAUUGUCUACUAUAAGCUCGAUCUGUUACAUUCGGAACGAUAUAUUCUUGGUUUUAACCUUUAUUACAACGUGUUCCUCUCAGAUUCUCACUUCCGGUUUCGUGCAAUGUCAGUAAUUCUUGGUCAGGCGAGAUUCUAAAGGUGUUGAGAAAAGAAAGAAAUUAACAGAGUUGAACAAGUAGCUAUAGAUGAAGCAAAAAGAAGUGGGGGGGGGGGAAUCUCGUUUAUUGCAAUGGUCGGUUUUAAUUUUUUGAAGUUUUGGGAAAGUUCUCAGAAAUUCAGAAAGUCACACUUUGUAGCGAAUUCCGAAAUCUCGGCGUCUGUAGGCACUGGGAACUAAAAAGCUAUUUGCAAAAAUGACAACUCGAUCUCAGUAGCUCAUGAAAUAAAGAACAGUUAAAAAUAAAAAAUAAUCAUAAUAAAUCGACUUUAUAAAAGUUACUUUCUUUAUUUAAAUUUCUGCACGGCUGAGUCAUGCGGGUAAUCUUUCUUACGUUAAGGCCACCGUUUUUAUAUGUUCUGUUUUACGCACAUUUUGGCUGAAAAAAUAAACUAUUUUAAAAGAGAUUAGAUGGUAACAAGAGCAGUAGAAAUUUACUGGCAGCUGUAAUUAUUAGCAUUAGCAUUUUAAUACAAACUCUUGUAGAGUUCCGGCCUUGGUUAGGCACUCUGUAGUGAAACCAAGGAAUUACCUGUUGGUAAAACUGAACACUGCGAAGAAAAUAAUGUAAAGUAUGCUUACAAUGUAAUAUUGUGCCUCUAAGCAACGUUUCAAUGCGAGUUUCGAAAGUUAUAAUUAGGGAAAUAUUUUGUUUGUUAUUUUGCGGAAUCGCUUUUGGUUUCAGAGAGGAUUUCAUACCUAGAAUAGAUGGUUUCGUCUCAGACGAGGGGAAAAUACCUUCUCCGCUUCAAUGAACUAAUUCUUGUGUGGCGGAAUCAGAAAACUGCUAAUAAACAACCUUCAAGAAAAUAUUUCAAGGCCAUUUCAGGAACGUUUUAGUUUUGUGAGAGUAGCUAAAUAAACCGUGGAAUAAAAAUUCGCGGCCCAGUUAGGUUUAAGGAUGUUUUUUUGAACCUUCUGAAGGGAAGUUUACCUCGAUCAAAAUACUUAGCAACCAUCUGGUCCAAUAUUUAUUGACAUUUCUUUGCGGUAAACGAACAAAGCAUCAACUGUCUUUUGCCACUAUAAGGCUUUUCUUAAGCAAGCAAAUAUAGUUCGAAUAUAUUGCAAUGUUGCAGUAUUCAAAAAGGUGCUCGGCUACUCUUGAAAAAUUAAUAUUGGGAAACUACGCUCUCGCCAGAAUGUCAGCAUUGUAUUUGCCACUAUCUGGUAUCUUAAGACUCUGAAACGCUGAAACCUCCAUGACAAGCAAUGAAAAAUAUGAUCGCCGACAAAGUUCACAAAAAUGUUCUUUUGUUUCCCUGCCAUCGUAAGGAAAUUGGCUAGGGGUCCGUUUCAUUCAAAGUGACUUAAUUUCUUUCUUCUUUCUCUUUCUAAUGAGUUGUAACGGUUUCUUUUGUUUGGAAUGAACAACUGCGUCUUUUCUGAAACAGAACAUUUAAGGCAAAGCGAGAUCACUUACCACUAAGCUAAAGGAAACAUCUACUUGAGCAGAAGAACACGUGCCAGAUAGAUUAAACGGAACACUUAGUGAAAGUCAAAGUUUUAACUUAUAUUAUAGGAGUAUGACAGUGUUCAGCGAGUAUCAUCGGUUAGUUGUUAUUCAGUGGCUUGAUAAAUUUAUUGAGCCCGAUAUAAAAUGCAGAGGUUGUACAGAAGUAGCAAUUUUUAUUCAGUUCUAACUGCCCCCUGCCUUAAAAACUGUCAACGGAAAACGUGAGAGUGUCGUGGAAAGUAAACACAACGUGGGAAACGUUUUUGACAGUCUUAAUUUAUGACAAUUCUUUACCUCAGCGAUGAGAGGUAGUUGAAUGCAACAUGGAAAUAAAAACACAAAACAAUUUAUUUUUCAUAAUUCCUUGUCUGGCCCACGCAAUGCGUCAUGCUUCAAUUUCAUCUUGUCCUAUGCAAAGCCACACGUUUUAGUAUAUUUGCCUACGGAUCACAGUAACUUGAAAAAAACUGACUAAAUUUAGCCUGUAUUGAGUCCAGUUUCAACAAUUUUUUGGUUUCCUCGUAGCUGAAAUGAAUAUCGAAACAGACUGAACGGCUUUGCGAGUAAUUAUUUCCCUGACUCAUCUAAAACGUUUGGCAUCUAGGAAUUGGAGAUUAGUAAUUAUUGAAUAUAUUGUCAGUGCGAAUUUUUUUCUGUAUCAUUUGCUCAAAAGUUGAUGAACAGGUAGUUUUAAGACAAGAAAACGCCGGUUCAAAGUAACAAUAAGACGACGCCAGUCAAUAUUUAAUUGAUGUGAAGACCCAUCUGGCACCCUAGAAUAGAACGUUGAUAGAUCGACGUAAGAGAGCUUUUAUAUAACUUUUCCUCAAUUAAAACUGGUUUUAUUUUUACCUGACGUAGGCGUAUUUUUGGAAAGUAAACAAAAUUAUACUUCUUUCCUUUAAUCUAAAACAUCCAUUUUCUCGGCCCGACUUCCUGCCCUUGCAUAUUGUCAGUCAAUACUGGGCAUGAUUGGGGCAGCACCUUACAUGGGGAUUUAAAUAAAUUUAAAAGCACAGAUAAUUUGUAACUUAAAGCUUUGCUAUUUUAAUUUUUCAUUGAUGAUGAAAACAACAGCUGAUGGAUGCCGAGGCCUUCAUCAAAAAACAAGCCUUGCCGGUUUAGCGACGAAUCAACAAUUCCCAGUGGUGUCCCGGCCGGGCGAGUCAGAAAUCCUCGGAGUUACAUAUUUCACCUUCGUCUAACUAAAUCGAGGUGUUUUCAUUGUUUUUCUCUCGCUUACAAAAUUCUGUGUUGCUCAAAAUUGUGCUUAAACUUUACGAUUGUGUGGAAAAACUGCCAACGCUUCAAAAGCGGUGGCAAGAACGGUUUUGCCGGUAAUUUUAGCUUUUUACGGCGGGGGGAACCGGGAAUUACUAGGCAUUACUGAGCCAGGAAUUCUUUAGUUGUGAAAGGGCCGAUCUUUGAAGGAGGAACAGCUUAAUAAUGGCUUUACCUCCAGAAGGAAGACCUAUAUUUCAGACGUCCGUUUUCAUUUUCCAGCUGGUCUUUGCUUUUGGCCAGGUUGAAACUGAGGAAUUUUUUCUUUCAUUUCAAGUUCCUUUUUGUCUUCUUCCUUUAUUUCACAUCUUCACCUGGGCGAAAUGUCAUACAAGUUAUUCACCGAUUAAAGUAAGUCGGUAUACUAACUGGACUUUUAUUAUUCCUUUUUCAGCUCCACAAACCUUAUAUUUACGUUGAUUAUGCCUGUCUGCGGAAUCAUUCUGCUGACAAACUCUGACGCGCUGCAGAAUCCUUUCUUCGUAUACAACGGCUGUUUUUGCUUAGUGUUUUCCAUGGCAUUGGGUCAUUACGUCUUCAAGACUGCGGAAGUCCUUACCUUCAGAAGCGAAAUUUUUCACUACAAACCUCUCCUUGUUCACCACACUGUUGCUAUGGCAACUUACAUCAGCAUUCUCAUAUAUGAACAAAACGGAAUCAUGGGAUUGGUUAUUCUGUUUGUCGAGGGAAGCCUGGUAUUUGCUGAGCACGAACAAGAACAUUUUAGGCGCGUAAUUAGCCUCACAGAAGCAUCGAAACUACGGAAGAUUGGUUCGACUGUUUUAAUCCUCCUGGCUCUAAUUGUGAAAGGCGUCAUUCCAAUCUCCCUCAUUGUGAUUGCAUUCCUAACAUCAUCCAGCGAACUGCUGAAAAUGUCCUACGUUCCAUUGGCCUUCUUUUUUCUAAGCGUUGUUUUCUUCGCCGCUGUUGAUAUAUGGUUCUUCAGAGACGCACUCGCCGAAUUUUCCCGUCAAUUUGCUAGGUUUCCACGUCUGCCCAUGAUUGUGGUCCCAGUCCCACGCAAAUCUGAGUCGACACCGAGCAUUGCUAUAAACAACGAAGGCCUUAAGAGGCUGCUACUAGCUAGGGAUGGCUUGGCAGGUUCCAUAAAUAUCACAGAAAACGAUCUAUGGCAAAAAGAUUUGAAUCUGUGUCAAGAAACACCUUCGAUAUUGCCACUGGAAUCCACUACGCCAACCGAGAUUAAAGGACAGCUUGUUGUAGACAUAGACUUAAAUGAAAAUUGCUAGCUCCCGAUGCUUAUCGUAUCUCUAUCUGACUCUUCAAGAUUUGGUUCAAUGAAUUAGGGAAAAGCAGUGUUGAGGGUGACAAUAAAUAUUUCGCAAAACAAAAGAAAAAGAUGUUUUAGACUGGAAAUUGAAAACCUCGUUUGUGUUUGUAGCCUGGAAAAGGAACUACAGUGGAACCUCGAUAUAUCGAAGGGCUAAGGGACAGGCGCGGCAAAAUAUGUUUUCUAUAACGACGUGUCGUUAUAUCGAGGUUCUUUUCCAUGUAAAUUUUAUUACUGGGGAAAAAAAAGUUAGUUAUACAGAGGACUUCGUUAUUAGAGUUUCGUAUAGAUCGAGGUUCCACUGUACGCACCAUUGAUACAAUUAUUUAUUGUAAACAGAUUAACAGAUAAAGGACUCAUAAAAUGUUAAAAAUCUAAGGAACGUUCGUUCAAAAAUAAUAUUUUUGUAAUUAGAAAUUUAUUAGAAAUGAGUUUACAUUUCCACCCAGAAAGUUUAAAUUUGAGAAUCAGAUUCGUAUUUCUUUGGUUCGGAAAAGCCGAGUAAGAAAGUUAGCUAACUAACUCAAAAUAAUAUGAAAGCGUUAUGUACAGUAACUCAUCACUAAGUGGUGCUAGGCGUUCGAGAAAAAAUACAUUUUAUUUAUUUAUUGGCAAGAGAAUCUAUGUCUUCUCUUUCUGCCAUAAGUAACGGC